GUCCCACUUCUAAGUCGGAAGUUCUGCACCAAUUUUGCGUGUGUGCGAGUGAGCAGUAGUAGGCGGGCUGAGCUUUGACUGAGCUCAUGAGACAUGGAAGGGGUUGCAGCUAGAAAGAGGGACAAAGUUGGGGUGUCAGCGACCUCUACUUCUACUUCAGUCUCCUGCCAGUACAGGUGUAUCGAAUGCAACGAAGGAGCCAAGGAAUUGUACCGAGACUAUAACCAUGGCAUACUGAAGCUAACCAUCUGCGUGAGUUGUCAGAACUCCUGCCAGAAACCUGUGGACAAAUAUAUUGAGUAUGAUCCUGUUAUCAUCUUGAUUAAUGCUAUUCUUUGCAAAACCCAGGCCUAUAGACAUAUUCUUUUCAAUACUGAAAUAAAUAUGCAUGGAAAACUCUGCAUAUUUUGUUUGCUUUGUGAAGCAUACCUGAGAUGGUGGCAGCUUCAAGAUUCAAACCAGAAGAAUGAUCCUGAUGACUUUAUCAGAUAUGCUAAGGAGUGGGAUUUCUAUAGAAUGUUUGCAGUUGCUUCUCUAGAACAAACUGCCUUUUUUGUUGGCAUUUUUACUUUCCUGUGGAUACAAAAACCUAUGCUAGUGGGGAAAAAAAACAACUUCACUUUGCUGCUGAAAGCAUUGUUAUUAUCUAGCUAUGGAAAACUUCUGUUAAUUCCAGCUGUCAUUUGGGAACAUGACUACACAACCCUGUGCCUCCAACUUAUUAAAGUGUUUGUUCUUACAUCAAAUUUUCAGGCAAUUAGAGUGACCCUAAACAUCAACAGAAAGCUCUCCUUUUUGGCUAUAUUAAGUGGCUUACUACUAGAAAGCACUCUGGUCUACUUCUUUCAGAGGAUGAAGUGGGAUAUUGGAAGUGAUUGUGCUUCCUAUAAAACUCAAGACUUUUGAAGAAGAAAAGUGUCUUUGUGUUCACGUAUUCAGUUAUUAUAAAAUAAAUACUUUCUUUUACAUAA